AUGUGGUCCCUGUGGCUCUGCUUGGCACUCUGGGUGAUGCCACUAGUGGGCCCUGGGGAGGCCUUGACUGAGGAACAGGUCCUGGACAGCCUGCUGCAGCAGCUGCAGCUCAGCGAGGCACCCACCAUGGACAGGGCCGAUGUGGAGGAGCUGACCAUGCCUCCUGAUGUGCAGGCCCAGUAUGUAUCCCUGAUGCAGCGUAGCCAUGGGGACCGCUCCCGUGAGAAGAGAUUCAGCCAGAGCUUCCGAGAGAUGGUGGGCAAGUUCUUGGUGUCCGAGGCCUCCACGCAGCUGCUGGUGUUUGGCAUGGAGGGACGACUGCCACCCAACAGCGAACUGGUGCAGGCUGUACUGCGGAUCUUCCAGGAGCCUGUCCCCAGGGCCACGCUCCGCAAGCAAGAGAAGCCGUCCACGCGUGGCCACCGGGCCCGGAUCACCAUUGAGUGGCUGCGUGUCCGCGACAAUGGCUCUAACCGCACCUCCCUCAUAGACUCCAGGCUGGUGUCCAUCCACAAGGGCGGCUGGAAGACCUUUGAUGUGACCGAGGCUGUGAACUUCUGGCAGCAGCUGAGACGGCCCCGGCAGCCCCUGAUGCUGAAGGUGUCCGUGCUGAGGGAGCAUCUGGGCCCCGGGGCCUCGGACGCCCACAAGUUGGUCCGCUUCUCCGCGCAGGGGGCACAGGGCGCUGAGCAGAGGGAGCCUCAGCUGGAGUUGCACACGCUGGACCUCAAGGACUAUGGAGCUCAAGGCAAUUGUGACCCUGAGGCACCAGUGACCGAGGGUACUCGCUGCUGCCGCAGGCAGGCAUACUUGGACCUUGAGAAGACGAAGUGGGCUGACAACUGGGUCGUGGAGCCCCCUGGUUUCUUGGUCUAUGAGUGUGCAGGCAGCUGUCUGCAGCUCCCAGAGCGCCUGGCCAACAAGUGGCCAUUUCUCGGACCAAGACAGUGCAUCGCCUCAGAAACAACCUCACUGCCCGUGAUUGUGAACGUCAAAGAAGGAAGCAGGACCAGGCUCCAGGUGGUCAGCCUGCCCAACAUGAGGGUGCAGGAGUGCAGCUGUGUCUCAGAUGGGGCUCCUGUAUCAAGGGGCCUCCAGCCAUAG